AAGGCAAAAUCGUUUUCAAGAAAACAGUAGAAAAAGAAGAGUGUUUGUGUCAACGUAAAAUAAAUGCAACUGCCUUCUCUUUUCAUUCCUUCUUUCUCUUUUCGUUCCACUCCGUUUCAUUCAUUCAGAUACAUUUCAUCUCAUCAUCGAUCAGAUCAAUGCUCUUUCAUCGAUUCCACGUUCUCACUCUCUUCCGCUUCUUCUAGGGUUUCUCUCUCUCUCUCUCUCUCUCUCUCUCUCUCUCUCUCUCUCUCUCUCUCUCUCUCUCUCUCUCUCUCUCUCAAACAACACAAUUCAAUCGGCAAAUUCUCCUUCGUUCACAGUAAUGGAUUCCUGAUGCGAACUAUUUCUCUCUAUCUUUUGUAACAAUUCACUUUCUUCUCUCUCCUCGUUUAACUCCACUCUUUCGCAUCACAUUCGAUGAGUGAAACUAAGAUGUUUUGAGUGUAGAUCUCUCACAAGGAUUUCGGUUUUGGUUGGAAGCAAUUGAUUGCAACUGAUUUUGCUUUCUGAUUUCGAAAAUGUUUGACAGUAGUUUUAUUUCGAGGAAAGGAGUGGGUUUUGCGUGUGGCCGGAUGCGAGACAACUAUGCUUGCGGAAAGGUCUUUUAUAUGGAUUUAUGCGAUUAUUUUCUAUACCGUUAAAAACAUUGCGUGGAGCUAGUCGGUCGUUGAGAGUAGAUCAAUUUUGCAGUGUAGUGAAUCUAUCUUCCACACUGCAGAUUGAAUUGGUUCCGUGCCUUAGGGACAGUUAUGCAUAUCUUUUACAUGAUGUGGAUACGGGGACAGUUGGUGUUGUUGAUCCUUCCGAAGCUGCGCCUAUUAUAGAAGCUUUGAGUAAGAAAAAUCUAAAUUUGACUUACAUACUGAACACCCACCACCAUCAUGAUAUCACUAGUGGAAAUACAGAGUUGAAAGAAAGGUACGGGGCUAAGGUAAUUGGAUCAGAAAUAGACAAGGAAAGAAUUCCUGGUAUUGAUAUUUAUUUGAGUGAUGGAGAUAACUGGAUGUUUGCAGGUCAUGAGGUGCAUAUAUUAGCUACACCUGGUCACACUGAAGGUCAUAUUCAUUGUCCAUUUGCAAAAUAAAUCGUCUUAGUUUGUUUGCUACUAGAUAUGUUUUAAGCUAAUUUUUGAAAAAAUGGCUCAGAUCUACUUGUUACUUUCGCUCUUUUAUUCUGCUCAACAAUUUUCAAUUCCUAGGGAAUCUAAACUCUAUAUUAGAUUGUUUGCUGUUAUAUUGACUAAGCUCAUGGUUUUUACUUGAAGGCAUGCAUGUUCUUCUUGGUUUAGCAUGAUAUUAUCUGG